AUGGACUCUUCUUCCAUUACCUCCCCCAAAUCCUCCCCCUACUUCGAUUCUCUCACCCGUCGCCGCCAACAAAAGAAAAUGAGCAUCACGCAAACAUACUACCUCGCCCACACCGCCCGGAAGAAGCUCACUCGUGAAGCUUCCCGGGCAGAUCACGAUCUGCGCCUGCUCGUUGGCCACGCAAAUCUUCUCGAUUCGCUGAUGUAUGACCUCGCCGAUGCCGAGCGUGAACAAGAACGCUGGUUCAACCAGACCGUCAACGGAGCCACCAAGACUUCAGCUGCUUCUUCUCGCCAACACAUCCAAUGGGCUUCAACGGUUGUCGAAGAGCCCGAAGACGACUGGGACCCGGAGGAUGCAUCCGAUCUGGACUCCGAACUCAGCGAUAGCGAUAGCGACGACUACGAUGAGACUGAAUUCGUCAUUAACACACCUCCCACCCGCCGCCGCGCCCCAUCACCCGCAGCGCACUUCCACGAUGAUCUACUAUCGGAAGACGAUGAAGGCGACGACACAGAUUCCGACUUUGAAUACGACGAUGCAGACGAGCUGAGCUUGACUCGCUCGCCAUCGCGACAAUCACCACCUGAACUCCUUGCCGAUUCGGACGGGGAGUCGGAGGACGAGGCGACACCGCCCUCCCCGCCCCAGCCUACGCUGGAGGCAUUUCAUGAGAAGCCUGCUACAACGGCUAUUGCUUUGGCGGGCUCUGAUCAACCCCAUCUCUUUGAUCAAGGGUAUUUUGGUACACAAGAGCAGACCAUCAUCGAAGCUUAUUGA